CUUAUGUGGGGGAUUUCCGGUUUAGGCAGGUAGCCUCGCAGAUCGAUAUUUCCUUUUCCGGCAACCGGCGUCCAUUUUCUGUUGGCAUCAAUUCGUCAGACGCAAAAGUUUAAGCGUCUAUAAAUUAUUUAAUAUUUAAAUAAAGCAAAAGCCAACAAUGGAUAGUGCACCAGCUCCCAGAGGUGGUGGUGGUUUUCGCGGUCGAGGAGGACCUGGUGGACCUAUGAGAGGACGCGGCGGCUUCGGGGAAAGAGGAAGAGGUGGAAUGAUGCGAGGAGGUCGUGGAGGACCAGGAGGAAUGAGAGGUGGACCACCUGGAAUGCGAGGCAGGGGUGGCAGAGGCGGUCACUUUCCACCUGGAGGACCCGAUCAGGCAGGAGGACCGGGAGGCGCUCCUUCGGGACCCAUGGGAGGAGCACCCAGAGGAAGAGGUGGUGCAGGUGGUAGUUUCCGAGGACGAGGUGGCGGCUUCGGUAGAGGAGAUAGCCGUGGAGGUGGCUUCAGAGGUCGUGGAGGAAUGGACCGCGGUCGAGGUGGUUCCAGAGGUGGACCUGGAGGUAGAGGAGGUCCAGGAGGCCGUGGUGGCUUUGGCGAUCGCGGCAGGGGAGGACGAGGUGGACCCUCAAAACGAGGCGGAGGACCACCUGGAGCCAGCGGACCACCAAAGAGGCCGAGAUUUGAAAAUCAGAGUGGUCAAUCUGCCAAUGGCUACACAUCCGCCCCAAUUAGUCAAGGAUAUGGAGCAAGUUCAGGUAACGGAUAUGGAGGAGCUGCACAAGGACCGCCGCAGGCGGCAGGUUAUGGUGCCGGUUAUGGAGCUCAGCCAGGGUAUCCCCAAUCUUAUCAAGGUUACGAAAGUUAUCAACAGCCAGCAGAUUAUGGGCAGUCUGCAGGAUACGCGGCUGCUGCACCAGAUCCACGAUAUGGAGGAGCUCCAGCUGUUGCGUCCGCCGGAUAUAGUGCCGAUCCCUAUGGUUAUGGUAAACCAGCUGUCGCAGAUUAUACAACACAAGAUAGCACGUAUGGAAAGCAGGGUUAUGGAUGACAAUGAGAUUGUGAGAUGUUGGCCGCAUCGUUUUGAAAAUGAGCUCUUUCCAAUGCCACAUGACUGGCUGUGAUAAUGAAAAAAAAAUAAAGGAUAUCCAGGAUUUCCAUUCAGGACUCUUUAAACGAACCAAGAAGUCUGUGACAGUGUGUCUUCAUCGUUAAAUGAGCUAAAAAAAGGUAGAAUCGAUUUUUUUUUUGUUAAUUUUUUACGAAAUACGUCGUUAUAUCAAAAUGAAAUAUAAAUAUAUAUAUUUACUUUUUUAAUAAAGUCUUCCAUGAAAUAUGAA